GCCAGGAGGCGUGACGUCACUGCGGGGGCGGGGCCAGGGCAUGGCUGCUGCUGCUGGAAGAGGAGAAGAAGCCAGAAGCAAGGCUCCCUCUUUGCAGAGGGCCAGGCUUCUUCCCUUGGCUUCACCAUGAGCUGCUCUGGGGAGGCGGCCAAGGAGAAGCUGCUCUGGAAUGUCAAGAAAGAGGUGAAGCAAAUCAUGGAAGAAGCCGUCACCCGGAAGUUUGUCCACGAAGACAGCAGCCACGUCAUUGCGCUGUGUGCGGUGGUGGAAGCAUGCCUUCUGCACAUGCUCAAGCGCCGGGCGGCGGGUUUCUUGCGGACCGACAAGAUCGCGGCCCUCUUCACCAAGGUCGGCAAGACGUACGACGUGGCCAACGACAUCUGCCGGAAGGCGACGGAGCUGCUGCAGCAGGUCGAAGGCAGCAAGAAGUACCAGCCGGGCGGGCAAGAGUCCCUGAAGAGGCAAAGCUCGGCCGCCAGCAAAGCCCCCAGCCUGACCCCACAAGCCGUCAAGCACAUUUGGGUCCGCACCGCCUUGACCGAAAGGGUCCUCGACAAAAUUGUGCAGUACAUUGUGGACAACUGCAGCAAAUAUUAUGAGAAAGAAGCUUUACUGGCGGAUCCGGUCUGUGGGCCCAUCUUGGCAUGCCUCCUGGUUGGGCCAUGCGCCCUUGAAUACACCAAGCUGAAAACCGCCGACCACUUCUGGACGGACCCCUCGGCGGAUGAGUUGGUCCAGAGGCACCGGAUCCACGGAGCUCACGGCCGGCAAGACUCCCCCUCCAAACGCCCAGCGCUGGGAAUCCGGAAACGGCACUCCAGCGGGAGCAUGUCGGAGGACCGCUUUGCCGCCUCGGCCAGGGAUUACGUGGAGUCGCUGCACCAGAACUCACGGACGCAUUUGCUCUACGGGAAGAACAACGUCAUGGUCCAGCCAAAAGACGACAUGGAAGUCAUCCCGGGCUACCUCUCACUUCACCAGACGGCCGAUUCCUUGACACUCAAAUGGACCCCCAACCAGCUCAUGAACGGGACGCUGGGGGCUUCGGAGCUGGAGAAAAGCAUCUACUGGGACUACGCCUUGAUCGUGCCCUUCAGCCAAAUCGUCUGCAUCCACUGCCAUCAACAACCAGAACGUGGGGGCACCUUAGUGCUUGUGAGCCAAGAUGGCAUCCAGAGGCCUCCGCUUCAUUUCCCGCCCGGCGGGCACCUGCUUGCGUUCCUCUCUUGCCUUGAAAACGGCCUCUUGCCUCGGGGACAACUGGAACCUCCAUUGUGGUCACAACAGGGAAAGGGCAAAGUCUUUCCCAAGCUCCGCAAGCGCAACAGCUACAACCGGUCUGUGGACUUGGACGAAAUGCCGGCCGUGGCAGAGACGGCGACCGAUUACGUCUUCAGGAUCAUUUACCCCGGACACAAGCACAGCGACAUAACUAUUAACUACCACCACUUAGCUGCCAGCCGCUCCGCCUCCGUCGACGAUGACGAGGAGGAAGAAGAUAAGCUGCACGCAAUGCUAUCCAUGAUCUGCAAUCGGAACCUCACAGAUCCUAAAAGGAUGAAAGAUCCAGGGGACAAAUCGGAAAUGCAGGGCUUUGGCGCCGGCUUCUUGUCGUGGCAGCUGGACCCGUGCAGCCAGGGAUCCUCGUGUCUUUCCUGCUCCACGGGGAGUUCUCCGUACGACCUGCCUGCCUCCUGCAGCUGCAUUCACGACAGGAUGCCUUUGAAAAUGUUGUGCCAAAGUAUGAAGAGACAGAUUGUUUCCAGAGCCUUCUAUGGAUGGCUUGCUUACUGCCGGCAUUUGUCCACCGUCCGGACACACUUAUCUGCUUUGGUAAAUCACACCAUCAUCCCUCCGGAUAAACCCACAAGUGCUUCGGGGGGCCUGACAAAAGAGGUCUGGAGCAAAUAUCAAAAGGAUAAGAAGAAUUAUAAAGAACUGGAGCUGCUGAGAAGGGUUUACUAUGGCGGCGUCCAGCACGAAAUCCGGAAGGAGGUUUGGCCGUUCUUGUUGGGACACUACAAGUUUGGCAUGAGCAAGAAGGAGAUGCACAGGGCGGACGAAGAAAUUGCCCUUCGAUACCAGAAGGUGAUGGCGGAGUGGAAGGCCUGCGAGGUGAUUGUAAAGCUCCGGGAGAAAGAGUCCCAGACGGCCACCAAGUUUUCUUCUGGAAGCAGCAUCGACAGCCACGUCCAGCGGCUGCUCCACCAGGACUCCUCCAUCAGCAACGAUGUGUUCAUCUCUGUUGAUGAAAUGGAUACCGUCGAGCGGGACCCAAAGGUGCCGGAGGACCAGUCCAUGGGGGGCCAUGGCACCGACGUGCCAACGGUGAUCGUGGCUGAUGAGCAGCAGCAGCAGCAGUCGGUCGAGUUCGACUCCCCCGAUUCGGGGCUCCCUUCUUCCCGGAAUUACUCGGUCACCUCCGGCAUCCUCUCCAGCAUCGACGAUGGGCAGAGCGUCUGCUUUGAGGACGGGACGGAGGAGGUCCCGUCCUCCCCCAUCACUGAUCCAAAUGCGCCAAACAAGGGUUCGGAAACCAAAGGGGCCGUCACGGUGGAACCGCCGUGUUCUCCGAUGGACUGCAAGCCAAUGGCAGAAGAAGGCAUCUCUGUGUGCUGUGCGGCGUAUACGAUAGAAAUGUUGGACACCGUGGCCUUGAACCUGCACAGAAUCGAUAAGGACGUCCAGAGGUGCGAUCGGAAUUACUGGUAUUUCACUGCCGAGAACCUGGAGAAACUGAGGAACAUUAUGUGCAGCUACGUUUGGGAACAUUUAGAUAUCGGUUACGUCCAAGGCAUGUGUGACCUUCUGGCUCCGCUCAUGGUGAUCCUUGACCAAGAUGAGUUGGCGUAUAGCUGCUUCACCCACCUGAUGAAAAGAAUGAGCCAAAACUUCCCCAACGGAGGGGCCAUGGACACCCAUUUUGCAAACAUGCGGUCCCUUAUCCAGAUCUUGGAUUCCGAGCUCUUUGAACUCAUGCACCAGAACGGAGACUACACCCACUUCUACUUCUGUUACCGCUGGUUUCUUCUGGAUUUUAAAAGAGAAUUGUUGUACGAGGAUGUGUUUACAGUGUGGGAAGUGAUUUGGGCAGCAAAGCACAUCUCUUCAGAACAUUUUGUCCUUUUCAUUGCCUUAGCAUUGGUGGAGGCCUACCGGGAGAUUAUCCGCGAUAACAACAUGGACUUUACCGAUAUCAUCAAGUUUUUUAACGAGAUGGCCGAACACCACGACGCCCAGGAGAUCCUGAGGAUCGCCAGGGAUCUAGUCUGCAAGGUGCAAACCCUGAUCGAGAACAAGUGAGCCCCGUCGGCGAGGGGAUGUCGGAAGAGGAGCGUUGGGUGUCUCUGGCGGAACCUUUCUGGGAAUUUUUGGUGGGAAGGGGGCGGGAGGGAGGGCGGGCGGGCCGAGGACCCUUAUCCGCACUGGUCACUUCGGCGGACGUUUGAACCGCAUCUUCAGUGUAACGUAGUGAACGCUUUACAAUGUUUCUAAGCACAUGUCAGAGAGGGUAUGUUGUAUGUACGGUGUGUGCCCUCGUCUUGGAUGCUGAAUGUCGGGGCCUGCGUGUUGCCUUUCUCGGCCGCUUAAGUGCCUCCCGCACUGGGGUCGCUUCUCUCGUCCCGAUUUGCAGAUCUUUGCCCAAUUCUCCGAGAUUCUCAGGUGUUUUCUGCGAGCUCUCUUUCUGUUUUGGGUGGGAUCCUUUGCCCGCAACUAUCCCAGUGCCUCUCGCCAACCUUCCUCGGGACCCGAGUGGGAAUCAUUGCCAAAUGAUAACUCUCCUCUUCCUAGGAUAGGGAUUUUUUGCUUUGGUCCUUUUGGCGAACCGUUCAGGGAGCACCCAGAAAACCAACCCUGGGCCAGUAUUUUGGUGCCCCCCCCCAAACCAGGAUGCAACCCUCCCCGGGUGCUCCAGGCCCUGGCACCUCAAUGGCGCCCUAGCGGAUUUUGCGCCACCCGCUUCAGCCGCUCCUGGACAUGGGCAAACUUUUGGACACAAAGCACCCCCAACAGAUGCCUAUCCAGCCUUUGUCAAAAUCAUCAUCAUAAUAGGAGCAACCAGGCUAGGGGUGUGGGCGGGGCCUCCUCCCAAGAGCGCAAGCCAUGGCUGAGCCUCUGUAGACCCCCCCCCCCUGAGUUGCUUGUGAGAACACAGGGGGGGGGGGCAUAGAGGUUCAGCCCCGUCAGGCACUUUGGAAGAGGCCCCGCCCCCUCUAGCCCCGCCCCUUGCAUCCAGGACAGGGAUAGCUCAGCCCUGCCUCAGAGCUCGUAACUCCGCCCACCCCAGUCCUGGCUCCACCCACCUCCCCCUCCCCACCCUCUUGAGCAGGAGCCACGCCCACCCCUCUAAGCCACACCCCUCUUUCAAGGGGGCACUGAGUCAUAUUUUUUCUGGAAAGGGGGCAGCAGGCCAAAUAAGUUUGGGAACCACUGCCCCAAGGGCUCUGUGGAGUACACUUUGAGAACUGCUGAUCUAGAUACGUUUGUUGGUUUGUUCCACAAAGGCUCCCACGUGGUUGGAUGGAUGUGGACCAAACGUGGCACACAGACCCUGGAAUAAUGUCCAGAGUGGGAGAAAGAACCCCUGCAAAUGUGAAUGAUUUCAUGGAUGUCUAUUAAACAAGUUUAAGAUCAGUUCAGGCAACGCUGCAUUAAAGAGUGAAACUGUGCCCGAGUUCUCUUGUUCAUGAUAGUGAGGUCUGUUGGAAACUAGGCAAGUGGGGUUGAUAUAUCUGUGGAAUGAUGUCCAGAGUGGGAGAAAGAACCCCUGCAAAUGUGAAUGAUUUCAUGGAUGUCUAUUAAACAACUUGUUUACGUCGAGAUCAGUUCAGGCAACGCUGCGUUAGAGUGUGAAGCUGAGCCUGAGUUCUCUUGUUCAUGGUUGUGAGGUCUGUUGGAAACGAGGCAAGUGGGGUUGAUAUAUCUGUGGAAUGAUGUCCAGAGUGGGAGAAAGAACCCCUGCAAAUGUGAAUGAUUUCAUGGAUGUCUAUUAAACAACAAGUUGUUUACGUUAAGAUCAGUUCAGGCAACGCUGCGUUAGAGUGUGAAGCUGAGCCUGAGUUCUCUUGUUCAUGGUUGUGAGGUCUGUUGGAAACGAGGCAAGUGGGGUUGAUAUAUCUGUGGAAUGAUGUGGGAGGAAGCACUCUUCCGUCUGCCCGAGUUGCAAUUGGCCACCUUGAUUCACAUUGAGUAGCCGUGCGGCUUCAAAGCCUGGCUGCUUCCUGCCUGGGGAGCUUUUCUGUGUAAUAUUGAGGGCUAGAAAUUAUUCAGUGGAGGCAUGGGAAGCAUAUGGGACACGAGAGAGGUCUCCUUUGCUCAAGUGCCCGUCUUUUUGGGAUACCAGUAUUUGCACAAACAUAUCCAAUGUAGUUCCUUUGGUGGAUACCGUGGCCGGUGGCACCUUGGUUUGCGGACCGGUGUGUGUAUGUGUGUGUCUGUGCUGCAUGUGUCCGAUCUAGUGUCUGCAAAACCUGCAUGCGUUGGCAAAGGGAAAGCAGGGCACAUGGCGGCCUUUUUCCCGUUUUCCUUGGACGAGACCAAACGUCUUACCUCUUUUUUUCGUAACGCCGGCAUGCUCACGUGUCCCGACUCUUUGUUUGUCAGAUUUUGCCCCCGAAGUGUUUGAAAACCCAUGCAUGGUUCUGCUGGACAGGCUCAUGGCGGAGGAGGACCGUGGAUUCCCGUCCCGUGGAAAGAAAGGUACUCGACAGACAUAAUAAAGCACCUUGAACCCCACGGGAUCCGUGUUUCUUAGAUUGCACUAUGUCUUUGGGAAUGUAUUAUAACACCCUUUCCUAUGUAAAAAAGAACUGAAGCGACAAAAUUUAUUUGACCGUGCAAAACUUUGUUGUACUUGUUCUGGCAUCAUGGUCUUUUAUGGAUAUUGUGUACUGCCUUAUUUAUUUUUGUCCGGAGCAGAAUAUUUUCUUUAGAGCUCAAGAGUUUUAUUUAUUAUCUUUGAAGUGCAACCUAUGGAUAUAAAUAUAUAAAAAAACACCCCAAAUUACAUGUCAUCCAUAUAUAUUUUUUGCACUCUUGGGUGUCACACUUUCUUUGUCUGUUGUCGGUUUCAAAUUGCGCCGUGACCUGUGCUUUUUGCAACGAAGGAUAGAUCCUUGGGUUGCUGUGAGUGAUACCAUUAUUAUUAUUAUUAUUGUUAUUAUUAUUAUUUGAAACACAACAAAAUGAGUCCACAGCAGACACUCUGCUGGCUGUUGUAUUGGAUCACACGUCGGACACUUCCCAAGUGUCUAGGACAGUGUAAUGUAUUGGCAAACAAUGCGUGGUUAUUAUUAUUAUUAUUAUUGGUUGCUGUGCGCUUUUCCCAGCUGUCUGGUUAUUAUUAAAGUUAUAUAAUAUAUAAGUUAUUAAAACGACCCCAAGGAUGAGUUCAAUAAUAAUGGGUUUUCCCUGUAAUAGGCAAUAAGAGCACCUAAAGCUUCAGAGAGCUUGUGUUCAAACAUUUCAAAGCUCUCUGCUUGAGCGGUGAUGGCGCGAUCGUCAUCAUAGAUGGAACUCUCUGUCCCUUCUGGCAGUGCCUUUCAGGGUUGCUGUUUUUCGGGCUGUCUGGGCAUGUUCCAGAAGCAUUAUCUCCUGACGUUUUGCCCACAUUUUUGGCAGGCAUCCUCAGCGACAAGAGGAUUGUCAUGGGACCAACAUUUAUAUUUAUAGAAAUGACCAGCCAGAAGGGACAGAGUUUCAUCUAUGCUGACAGUUGUGCUAUCACUGCUCAAGCAAGGAAGUUUGAAAUGGUGUAACAGAAGUUCUCCAAAGCUUUUGGUGGUCUUACUGCCCAACAAUAUCUGAAGCUUUAGGUGGUCUUACUGCCCAAUUAUAUCUGAAGCUUUUGGAGCUCUUACUGCCCAACUAUAUCUGAAGCUUUAGGUGGUCUUACCGCCCAACUAUAUCUGAAGCUUUAGGUGGUCUUACUGCCCAAGUAUAUCUGAAGUUUUAGGAGCUCUUACCGCCCAACUAUAUCUGAAGCUUUAGGUGGUCUUACUGCCCAAUUAUAUCUGAAGUUUUAGGAGCUCUUACUGCCCAAUUAUAUCUGAAGCUUUUGGUGGUCUUACUGCCCAAUUAUAUCUGAAGCUUUAGGAGCUCUUACUGCCCAAUUAUAUCUGAAGCUUUUGGUGGUCUUACUGCCCAAGUAUAUCCGAAGCUUUAGGAGCUCUUACUGCCCAAUUAUAUCUGAAGCUUUUGGUGGUCUUACUGCCCAAGUAUAUCUGAAGCUUUAGGAGCUCUUACUGCCCAAUUAUUUCUGAAGCUUUUGGUGGUCUUACUGCCCAAUUAUAUCUGAAGCUUUAGGAGCUCUUACUGCCCAAUUAUUUCUGAAGCUUUUGGUGGUCUUACUGCCCAAGUAUAUCUGAAGCUUUAGGAGCUCUUACUGCCCAAUUAUAUCUGAAGCUUUUGGUGGUCUUACUGCCCAAGUAUAUCUGAAGCUUUAGGAGCUCUUACUGCCCAAUUAUAUCUGAAGCUUUUGGUGGUCUUACUGCCCAAGUAUAUCCGAAGCUUUAGGAGCUCUUACUGCCCAAUUAUUUCUGAAGCUUUAGGAGCUCUUACUGCCCAAUUAUUUCUGAAGCUUUAGGAGCUCUUACUGCCCAAUUAUAUCUGAAGCUUUAGGAGCUCUUACUGCCCAAUUAUUUCUGAAGCUUUAGGAGCUCUUACUGCCCAAUUAUUUCUGAAGCUUUAGGAGCUCUUACUGCCCAAUUAUAUCUGAAGCUUUAGGUGGUCUUACUGCCCAAGUAUAUCCGAAGCUUUAGGAGCUCUUACUGCCCAACUAUAUCUGAAGCUUUAGGUGGUCUUACUGCCCAACUAUAUCUGAAGCUUUAGGUGGUCUUACUGCCCAACUAUAUCUGAAGCUUUAGGUGGUCUUACUGCCCAAUUAUAUCUGAAGUUUUAGGAGCUCUUACUGCCCAAUUAUAUCUGAAGCUUUUGGUGGUCUUACUGCCCAAUUAUAUCUGAAGCUUUAGCUCUUACUGCCCAACUAUAUCUGAAGCUUUUGGUGGUCUUACUGCCCAAGUAUAUCUGAAGCUUUAGUAGCUCUUACUGCCCAAUUAUAUCUGAAGCUUUUGGUGGUCUUACUGCCCAAGUAUAUCCGAAGCUUUAGGAGCUCUUACUGCCCAAUUAUUUCUGAAGCUUUAGGAGCUCUUACUGCCCAAUUAUAUCCGAAGCUUUAGGAGCUCUUACUGCCCAAGUAUAUCCGAAGCUUUAGGAGCUCUUACUGCCCAAUUAUAUCUGAAGCUUUAGGAGCUCUUACUGCCCAAUUAUUUCUGAAGCUUUAGGAGCUCUUACUGCCCAAUUAUUUCUGAAGCUUUAGGAGCUCUUACUGCCCAAUUAUAUCUGAAGCUUUAGGUGGUCUUACUGCCCAAGUAUAUCCGAAGCUUUAGGAGCUCUUACUGCCCAACUAUAUCUGAAGCUUUAGGUGGUCUUACUGCCCAACUAUAUCUGAAGCUUUAGGUGGUCUUACUGCCCAACUAUAUCUGAAGCUUUAGGUGGUCUUACUGCCCAAUUAUAUCUGAAGUUUUAGGAGCUCUUACUGCCCAAUUAUAUCUGAAGCUUUUGGUGGUCUUACUGCCCAAUUAUAUCUGAAGCUUUAGCUCUUACUGCCCAACUAUAUCUGAAGCUUUUGGUGGUCUUACUGCCCAAGUAUAUCUGAAGCUUUAGUAGCUCUUACUGCCCAAUUAUAUCUGAAGCUUUUGGUGGUCUUACUGCCCAAGUAUAUCCGAAGCUUUAGGAGCUCUUACUGCCCAAUUAUUUCUGAAGCUUUAGGAGCUCUUACUGCCCAAUUAUAUCCGAAGCUUUAGGAGCUCUUACUGCCCAAGUAUAUCCGAAGCUUUAGGAGCUCUUACUGCCCAAUUAUAUCUGAAGCUUUAGGAGCUCUUACUGCCCAAUUAUUUCUGAAGCUUUAGGAGCUCUUACUGCCCAAUUAUUUCUGAAGCUUUAGGAGCUCUUACUGCCCAAUUAUAUCUGAAGCUUUAGGUGGUCUUACUGCCCAAGUAUAUCCGAAGCUUUAGGAGCUCUUACUGCCCAACUAUAUCUGAAGCUUUAGGUGGUCUUACUGCCCAACUAUAUCUGAAGCUUUAGGUGGUCUUACUGCCCAACUAUAUCUGAAGCUUUAGGUGGUCUUACUGCCCAAUUAUAUCUGAAGUUUUAGGAGCUCUUACUGCCCAAUUAUAUCUGAAGCUUUUGGUGGUCUUACUGCCCAAUUAUAUCUGAAGCUUUAGCUCUUACUGCCCAACUAUAUCUGAAGCUUUUGGUGGUCUUACUGCCCAAGUAUAUCUGAAGCUUUAGUAGCUCUUACUGCCCAAUUAUAUCUGAAGCUUUUGGUGGUCUUACUGCCCAAGUAUAUCCGAAGCUUUAGGAGCUCUUACUGCCCAAUUAUUUCUGAAGCUUUAGGAGCUCUUACUGCCCAAUUAUAUCCGAAGCUUUAGGAGCUCUUACUGCCCAAGUAUAUCCGAAGCUUUAGGAGCUCUUACUGCCCAAUUAUAUCUGAAGCUUUAGGAGCUCUUACUGCCCAAUUAUUUCUGAAGCUUUAGGAGCUCUUACUGCCCAAUUAUAUCCGAAGCUUUAGGAGCUCUUACUGCCCAAGUAUAUCCGAAGCUUUAGGAGCUGUUACUGCCCAAUUAUAUCUGAAGCUUUAGGAGCUCUUACUGCCCAACUAUAUCUGAAGCUUUAGGUGGUGUUACUGCCCAAUUAUUUCUGAAGCUUUAGGAGCUCUUACUGCCCAACUAUAUCUGAAGCUUUAGGUGGUCUUACUGCCCAAUUAUAUCUGAAGCUUUAGGAGCUCUUACUGCCCAACUAUAUCUGAAGCUUUAGGUGAUCUUACUGCCCAACUAUAUCUGAAGCUUUAGGUGGUCUUACUGCCUAACUAUAUCUGAAGCUUUAGGAGCUCUUACUGCCCAACUAUAUUUGAAGAUUUUGGUGGUCUUACUGCCCAAUUAUAUCUGAAGCUUUAGGAGCUCUUACUGCCCAAUUAUAUCUGAAGCUUUAGGUGGUCUUACUGCCCAAUUAUAUCCGAAGCUUUAGGAGCUCUUACUGCCCAAUUAUACCUUGAUUAGAAAAAGAAAGGAAAAGGACAGAGCCCAAAACCUGGAGUUUCAUCUAUGCUGACGAUCAUGCCAUCACCGCUCCAUCACUUGGAAGACCAUCAUGCUCGAGAAUGACAGCCACAAGGUUCAGUUGUAUGUAGUCGUUUGGUAUUUUGUAACCUUUUUUAUUAGACAGAGGAUUUCCUUAAAAUGUCGUAACAAGUCACAGUGAUUAUAAGAUGGUUUUUUUUUUACUGAAAUGCAAAUAGAACGAAAGGGGGGAAAAUGGCAUCACGUAUCGUUGCCUCGAAUAUGGUUUACCCUGGUCCACCAAAACCAUCUUUAAGAUGCUUAUGUUUUGUUUUAAGGGAUGCUCUGUCUUGUUCUCAGCGAAAGAAGAAAAAAAAGAAUCCGUGUUAACAUUGUGCCUAAUAUUCCUGCACCGGAAGAAAAAAAAAAUAGGAAUCAGCCUGGUUCAAGGCCGCCAUUGAUAAACGUAUUUAGAUAUAUAUGUGUACAGGCAGGUAGAUAUAUAUAUAUAUUUAGAUAUAUAUAUAUAUAUAUAUACUUCUGUGAUUUCUUUUUUUUUCUUAAUCUAUGCAUAGUCUCAGUCAAGAGAUCAGCCGUAAAAAAAAAAAUUCCUACAAAGAAGCGAACACAUUGAAAAAUAAAGUGGUGGCAGCAGUGGAAAAACAACAAAACAAAAUAUUCAACGUCUUAAGAACGUUAUUACAGUCAUAUUUCACUGAUUACAUGUCAAAAGGAACGGGGAGGAGUUAAUCACUGUGAAGGACUCGUGUUUUCGCUGAUUCGGAGAAAUUCAAGUGCUGAAGCAGCUUAUCCCUUGCCCCGCCCCCCGGUUCUUGGGUUGCUUUAAGAUAAAUCAGAAAUAAGGGGGGGGGGGGGGG